AGAGGGGAGGGGCGAGCACGAGGGUGGAUUUAUUACUCGAUAGUUAGGUCAGGGAUUUCUGUGGGAAAUGCCCAGUGGUUGCAGUUGCUGAUGAUUUCACGGCAACAGCAGUGGAACACAGAGUGUGCUCCGAUAGCUGGUUACUGAAUGAGAUACUGCAAAUGGGUGGAAAGAAAAAAGACAGUGCGUGAGAGAGAGUCAGAAAGACACAGAGAGGGAAGCUGAGGGCAAGGAAAGUGCUCCGGCUGGAGGAGAGUCUCCCAGGUGUACUGCAGAAGCUUUUUGGAAAUGGAUGCAAGGACCAUCUGCUGCCUAUAGAUUAGAGGGCUGUAAGCUAGGAGCGGAGAGAAAGAACUUAUGGCUCUUUUGAAUAAAAAUUGAAAUUCUGCAUAACUGAUUCAUCAAGAUAAAUCAUGAGUAUGCUCUUGCAUGGGAUAUUAAUGUAUAAAUCCAUGCCACAGAUAGACAGAGUACAGCCUACAUUGCUAUAAAAAAUAAAACCAGCAACAAUGCAGUGAAUAAAUUCUGCAGUGAUUAUCUGAUUUAUGUACGAAGAAAAAGAGAAGCAAAACACAGACAGCUCUUAUUGGACUGUGGCAUUUGCAAGGCACUGCAUUUAAUGCUGAGAGAUGCUAUACAUUAAAUCUGACAACUGUGAAAAGAGGGAUCAUGGAGAAGUCAAGUAGUGAGGAUUCUUCAAUUCACCGGAGUCCAUCUUUGGAUAGCAAAGACUCAGAUUUUGCUAAACCUUCUACCUCAGCGAGGCAAUUUGGUCGAGGUUUUACUGCAGGAGCUUUCUAUGGUACAACUGGAUCACGCACACAGAGCCACACUGGGGUCGGAACCGGGACCGGCAUUGGGACUGGGACUGGCGUAAAAAGUGACAAAUACAGUGCACCCAAAGGCAGCAAAUACGUGGUCUUUUACCUGGAUCUAUCAUUUGUUUUCCUUUUAGAAUUUAAGAAGUGCAACAUGGCAAGAGGCUGCCUGUGUUGUUUGAAAUACAUGAUGUUCCUUUUCAAUUUAAUAUUUUGGUUAUGUGGCUGUGGGCUGCUGGGUGUGGGCAUCUGGCUGUCAGUGUCGCAAGGAAACUUCGCCACAUUUUCUCCUAGCUUUCCAUCGCUUUCAGCUGCCAACCUAGUCAUUGCCAUUGGUACAGUCAUCAUGGUGACCGGCUUUCUGGGCUGCCUAGGUGCUAUCAAGGAAAACAAGUGCCUCCUAUUGAGUUUUUUCAUCGUUUUGCUGAUAAUUCUCCUGGCAGAGCUGAUAUUACUCAUUUUGUUCUUUGUUUAUAUGGACAAGGUCAGUGAGAGUGCAAAGAAGGAUUUGAAGGAAGGUAUGAAGCUAUACAAUUCAGAAAACAAUGUUGGACUGAAAAAUGCAUGGAAUAUCAUUCAAGCAGAGAUGAAAUGCUGUGGUGUGAAUGACUUUACGGAUUGGUACCCAGUGCUGGGAGAAAACACUGUCCCAGACCGAUGUUGUACAGAAAACUCCCAAGACUGUGGACGGAACUCCACCGAAUUAGUAUGGAAGACGGGAUGUUAUGAGAGAGUUAUGACAUGGUUCGAUGAGAAUAAGCAUGUCCUUGGUUCGAUUGGGAUGUGCAUCCUCAUAAUGCAGAUUCUUGGCAUGGCCUUCUCCAUGACGCUGUUCCAGCAGAUUCACAGGACUGGCAAAAAAUACGAUGCCUAAAGCCUCUGAAACAUUAUCACAUCAACCCUCCUGUCUCAUCAUAAAAAUGAACAAAAGGAAUGACCACGAAGAGUAUCAAGCCUAGCCCUGCUGAGGGAAUCCGUCCCAUUGACCGAUCUACUUUGUUGUUAUUUGUCCAGUUAUUAUCACAACUUGUUAUCUGACUCAUUUUUUUGUCUGUUUCACAUUUGCCAUUUAUUUGCCAAAGAGGGGGGAAACCCCCCAAACAAAUGGAUUUUCUACACGAAAUCAUAGAUCUGCUCUAAGAAUGUUUCUUAACUUCAGAUAAUGUUUUGCUCUACUAAUCCAUGAUAUCUGUGCAGAAAUUAUGUGUGUUCAAGGGAGAAUUCGUCAAAGUCUUCCAUUAAGUUUUCAACCCUUGUGUCCAAUUUACUGGAAGACUCAGAAAAGCCACUCUAACUGAGAGUCCUAGGAAUUGGAGCUGCUUUGCUUUGCAGCUUCUUGUACCUUACGGUGUAUACUUUUUUAUUAUUAUAAUGAUGAUGAUGAUGAUUAUUAUGAUGGAUAUAGCCUAGAAUUUAGUUGCCUGACUUCUAACUUCUUACUGUUUUUGGUUUUACACAUUUAUUGUACGUUAAUUUGGGAACCACUGUGCGAUCUCCAGAGGGUAUGUUUUUCAAAGUUGACAGUUGUUGCAGGGAAAUAAAGGCAUAACUUUUCUCAAGUCCGGGGGAGGGCAUUUUCUGCCUUUAUCAGGGCCUUGAUGCCCUUAUUGUAACAAAGGUGGUUCCUUUCAUAUCAGAGGCUCUUUCCUCAGAUGAAAUGCAAUCCCUUCCCAUUGGACCAGAUGGUGAGCUUCCUGCUCCUGUGAGGCUAAGUUCCAAUGCCUUCACUCACCCAAAGCAGUGUCUGGCUGCUUUGAUGUCAUGCUACUUUGAAAGCUAAAACUACUGAGUAAGCAAGUUACUGCUCCCUGGCACGAAGGAGAGAGAUUACAGUCUGACCUACUGGCCAGUUGGCAGCAGACUUCACAGAUUGUGUUCUCUGUUUCAAAAAGUUUGUCCAAGGCAUGACAUGUUGCUGGAUAUGAGGGAAGGGGAUGGCAAUUUGAUGGCAACGUUGUCAUGCCAUGCCCUUCAUUAAAGGUGUUUCCUCAGGCAGAUGACAGCUGUCUCCCGGAGCUGGAAAAGGUGGUUUGAUUAAGGGUGACCAGGGGAUGCAGGAAAGGGGCAAUUUCCAAAACAGCACUCAGAGACAGUAUGUGUUGUCACACCUUAGGUACAGAACUGGUUCUUGCUGAUGGAUUGCCAAGUCCAUCCAAUGCGAUAGUUCAGAGUUCACUGCAAUGCAUGUUUUUACCAACAUUCCUGUUAGAAAUCUUGAACAUAUAUUUCUGUAGUUUCAAUGCUGCUCCAUUGCAAGCAGCCCCCAUUUACCCUUUGUCCCAGGUUUUCGCUAUUUUGUGAAGGAAGAAGGAAAGGCUCAGGCACUGGAGGAUGUUCUGAUUUAACUCCAGUCAGGCUCGACUCAGCUCUGAAAGAAACACUGCUUUUUUUGUAUUAGCAGCAGUCAGAAGUGACCUUCAGAGGUUACCUCAUCCAAUGUCACUCUCAAAGGGGGACUGUCAUCUACAUGAGAUGGGGUUUACUGUGACAUUUUUGGCCUAAGUUUCAAAAACUGUUGAGGAUGGAGAUUUUGUGCCUUUCAGAGCCAUGCCAUGUCAAACUACUCCUCUGGUAAACAAAUUUCUCUUAAUGUCCAAUCUGAAUAUUUAUACUUCAAACUCUUAAAAGAUAUAAUUUUCAUUGUAUCAUUCAGCCUAUCUUUUCCUUUUGGGCUGAAAUAGCUGUUGAGCCACUUCAUAUCUGGGAGUUUUUAGUCCCCUAUUUAUCUUCCUAGUAGGUCCUGCAUGUAUCUGUACAUCUGGCAGCAGUAGUGUUUUGUGUGGCCUACGUGUCACUUUUUUGAGUUCCUAUGAAAUCAGUGUGACAGGAAGGAGUGUGAAUGUGUGGGAGAUAGAGAUGAAUUUGGGUGUUGCAGUGAAGAAGGAGGUUACUAUUCUUAGAGCAUGGCCAUUGCCCAUAUGAGCACAAUGCCCAAAGUUUCACAGGGCUCUUGUUUUCCACUGAAGCAGACAAUGCCAUACGGGUUCAGCUAUUUCACUUGGAUUGCCUUUGAAAGAGUCGGGGAAGAAGCAGAGGGGAAGCACAGAAACUGCAUCCAGUUUUACUUCCAUUUCUAACAAAAAUUGGGACCAGGAGCAUCUGAGCCCCACUGGAGAUGGAUGUUCCAUGUUGAAGAAGGGGCUCUGAUGUCCAGUGUACUUGCUGCUACAUGUAAGACUGUAUCCGAAGUUGCUAAGAUGCGUUCCCAUUUUUGCAAGAAAAGGCAGGACGAUUUUUCAUCUGAUGGCUCCACUGCAUUCUCCCUUUGGGCAGAGGUGCUUAGCUUUCUCUAGCUUUCUCUGGCAUUCAAAAAGAUCAGGGUGCAGGGCUGAGCAGGAGCAUCAUCUGUGUCCUUUUGGGUCGCACAGUGGUACCUGCCGCAUCUUAAAUUUUAAUCUGCAGUCAGUUUUUGUACAAAAAAUGCUAAAAUAUAUUAGUGAAAGUAAUAAGGAAAUAAAAAAUGUUUAUGAGUAACUCAGAGAUGAAGUGUGUAGUUGCAAACUCAGCUACUUUGCCUUCCAUCCAAACUUAUUUUUCUAGAAUGCUUCAUUCCAUUUCACGAUCUAGCAGCAUAGAUCCUGAAAUCUUUUUUUAAUGCCUACUUUGGGCAUUUUAAGCACAGUAUUAAGUGAGAUAGUUACACGAGCUUCAUGCAUUCAUCUCUAUGAAGCCACCUACAGGAAGGGAGUCAAAAGCAGGACUGAUUUGUGUCUGUAGCUGACUCUGUGAUGUGGGAGGUGAUGACAGACAUCCUGAAAGGAGAAGAAAAGUAAUGCCAUUUUCUAGGCAACAAUAAACAGUCCUGGAAAGUGUGAGGCUGCAUCAGUCAGUUUGUCAGAGAAGGCACUAACUGUCCUGUAAACUGGUCAAAGGGAGCUUUGGCUCAUAUAUGUAUGCACUUUUUUUGCUAAUGCUGGUGGGCGGCUGUCUGUGUGUUUUCCCCAAAUGUCACUCUGAUUAUUUAACUAUAAGUUUUUAGCAUGUUUUUAAAUAAAAACUGAUACUGAGUAAAAGUAUCCUUAAUAUACACAAAUAUCUAUUUGUAUAAAUGCAUACAUCUGUAUCUCUAAUUCAUGAAAGCACAGUUCAAGUGUGUGAAAGUUUCUCUGAGUGUUCCUUCCACUGCUGUCUCACUGUGCUUCAUGCUUGGAAGCUGCAGCAGAACUUAAGCAGAGACUUAAUAGGAGAACUGCUUGAAGAACCUCUACUUGAAAGCUGUUGAAGUCAUAGCAGUGAAUUCUGGUGGUACCAAGGCUGUUAGUUAUAGGAAGCCCAGGUGGAGGGUGCUCAAAAGAAGUGCCCAUAGUGAAGUAGCAGGUGAGAUGAUAAAAACAAUGGCGUGUCUCCAAGAUGACAGAAGAUGCCUUGUGUAUGUCAUGCAUUGAGUUCCUGGACUGUGGUCAUGUUAGGCCAACUCUCCUAUCCUGUGUCCACCUCCCCAUUUGUAUGCAUGAAAUGCAAACUCACACACAGGAAGGGUGCAAGCAGAAGACAGCUGAACUGAUCUUCAUGGUCUUUCUUGGGCAAUGGAUUGGUCAGACAUAGAAAAGGCAAGGAGGAAAAGGGUGUUUUCCAAGCAGAUGGUUCUUGGGAGCAGCAUGGAGUGGGGCAUACAUAAUUCUGAUGUAACUUCUUUCCAUAGAGUUGAGCACCUUCAUCCUAUAGCUGGUAUGGGGAAGCCUGGAGAUGUUUGCCUAUGGGCUAGCCAUCUGUUGUGCAGUAGAUAGUAGACACUAAGAAACAACAUGCCAUUCCCACCAGGUGAUGUUUGCACCAGUGUUUCUUCUAUGCAAUACCUACUUUCGCCUUUAUAUAAAAGAUUUUUACUAGGAUGAUAUAAAAAUAAAGGAUUUUUUAAAAGGUG